CGCCGCCGCGUCCCGGGGCCGCCUCCCGCCCGCCGUGAGUCAGCGGCUCCCACCCCCCGCCGUGCCUCGGUCAUGCUCAGGCAUGUCGGGCGGCGGCGGGCGGCGGAGCUAAGCCCCGGCUUGCCUGCGCUCGGCGGCGCUAUUUAAAGCCCGGCCUGGCUCGGCUCGGAACCGCACGGCUCGGCCCGCUUCGGCUGAGCCGAGGGCGGUGAGGCAGAUGUGCAACACCAAGAUGUCCGCCCUCACGGAUGGCGCCGCUGUCACCGCCUCGGAGCAGGAGGCCCUGGUGAAACCAAAGCCACUGUUGUUGAAGCUAUUGAAGCUAGCUGGUGCGGAAAAAGACACUUUUACUAUGAAGGAGGUAAUAUUCUAUCUUGGACAAUAUAUUAUGUCUAAACAAUUAUAUGAUGAAAAAGAGCAACACAUUGUGCACUGUGCAAAUGAUCUCCUUGGGGAUUUAUUUGGAGUAACAAGCUUUUCAGUAAAAGAACACAGGAGGGUGUAUUCGAUGAUUUGCAGAAACCUGGUAGCAAUCAAUCAACAAGACUGCACGCUUGCUGACACACCUGAGGUUGACGCCAGAUUUCAGCUUGAGAAGGAAAAUGUUUUGAAGGAAUCCAUGCAAGAGUUAGAAGAGAAGCAGACUUCAUCAAACGUGACUCCCCGACCAACAUCAUCAUCUAGGAGGAGAACUCACAGCGAAUCCGAAGAAAAUCCUUCAGAUGAUCCGCACGCUGACAGAAGAAAACGACACAAGUCAGACAGCAUUUCGUUGACAUUUGAUGAAAGUCUCUCAUGGUGUGUAGUCAGUGGGCUGUGCCGUGAAAGAAGCAAUAGCAGUGAUUCAACAGAUUCUCUUUCCAUUCCUGAUCUCGAUGCCAGUUCACUAAGUGAAAACUCCGAUUGGUUUGACCAUAGUUCUGUUUCAGACCAGUUCAGUGUAGAGUUUGAAGUUGAAUCUAUUUAUUCAGAAGACUAUAGCCAUAAUGAAGAAGGACAGGAGCUCACAGAUGAAGAUGAUGAGGUUUAUCAGCUGACCAUUUAUCAGGAUGAAGAUAGUGAUGCUGAUUCAUUCAAUGAAGAUCCAGAGAUUUCUCUAGCUGAUUAUUGGAAGUGUCCUGAAUGCAGUGAAAUGAAUCCUCCGCUUCCACGGCAUUGCCACAGAUGCUGGGCCCUUCGAGAGGACUGGCUUCCUGAUGAAAAGAAUGAGAAAUUGGCAGCGAGCAAAUUAGAAAGUUCUUUCCACCUAGAAUCUGAAGAAGGUUUUGAUGUACCUGACUGUAAGAAAGUGAAAAUGACUGAAGACAAAGAACCACCCGUGGAGGAGAAUGAAGAGAAAGCAGUACAAAUAUCCGAGUCCCAGGAAAGUGAAGAUUAUUCUCAGCCAUCUACGUCUAGCAGCAUGUUUUGCAGCAGUCAGGAGGACUACAAGGAGCCCGAGAAGAGAGAAAUGCCAGGCAAAGAGGAAGGCGUGGAGUCCAGUCUGCCUGUUAGCAGCAUAGAGCCCUGCGUCAUAUGCCAGAGUAGACCGAAAAAUGGGUGCAUAGUACAUGGCAAAACGGGACACCUCAUGUCGUGCUUCACGUGCGCAAGGAAGCUGAAGAAGAGGAACAAACCGUGCCCGGUGUGCAGACAGCCUAUCCAGAUGAUCGUACUGACUUACUUUGGUUAAACCGUGUUGAGUGAAAAGCGGCAGAAGGAACAUUAUAAACUGGUACCAUAAUUAAGAGAGUAAGAAACUAUUUUUAUAUACUUAUUGGCAGAUUGAUAUUUUGGGUGUCUUUGCCUUUGGUAAGAAAAAUCGUUAUUGAAAUAAAUGCACUGGAAUUGUUAAGUUUAGCCUAAUGCUCGUUAGUCCACUUGGAUAUUGUAAGCCCCUCUCAAUAGAAGUGACCAAUUCCUACCAGGUACUGUUUGCCUUCCCAAGUGUUUUACCGCACACAGAAGUUAGCAAGAUUUGUAUUACUGGAUUGAUCACACAUUAAAAAUCCAAGCUCCGUAAUUAACAGAGGAAAGACAUUUUGAAGAAUGCAUUUCAAGUCGGUUCCUCCUGUUACAAAGAAAGGGAAUUCUCUACAUUCCACUACCUGUUGCCUGGUGAAGACACCAGGCAGAAUAAGAACCCUCAGAAUAAGUCAAUAAAAUAACAAGAUAGAGCCUUGUCUCCCACGUUCCCAAAAAUUGAGAUUCUCCAAAAGGGAGAUUUUUUUUGUAUACAUAUCGGGAAAUAGGGGCAGUUGUGGUAGAAAAUAACAUCUAAAAAUUUGCGAACAGAAAAGGGUACUGUGUCUUUUGUUUAGGAUAUGUCCUGAGAAGAAGUCAUUGACCAGUUAGGCUUACAAUUACCUCUUAAAUAUUCUGAGAAACAGACCUCUAAAAUGUUGUGUGGUUUGGUGGUCUGUACUAUCCUGGUUUCUUCAGCAGAGCGUGAGAGGUGCGAACAGGCAAGGUAAAUGAAGGAGAACUUACAUUAAAAGGCAGGCAAAUAGGUGAUAUUGGGCAAUGUUUAAAUUUUCUCUGCACUUGUUUUUGACUUCAGUAGCGUGGCACACAGCUUGAUCGCUCUGUUCGCUUGAAUAAAAAUAGUGGGGAAAAAAAUAUAAAAAAUCCACCUCCAUCUGCAGAAACAAAUGAGCUGUGUAGUUCUGUUUCACACUGUUUGGUUUUGUUCGUUUGUUUUUAAGUUUAAGCAGUCUUUCUGACUUGGGCUGUUUUUAUCUGUACCAUAAGCAUUUUGAAAAUCUCUUGCAAGGUGUUUGGUUGAAUGAAUGUUUGUCUGAGUUGGAUCUGUUCUUACUGCUUUUAGCUUGUCUCCUCCCUGUACUUUGCCAAAACCUGUGUGAAAUUUACCAGUUCCUUAUUAAGAAGUCCUGUAACAUAGUUCUGUGGUGCAUUCAGAGGGGGUAAUGUGCAUAUUUUUGUAUGGUCGGAUUCUAAAGAUGUAGCUAGCUUACUCAUCUGAGCUGAUCUUCAGAUGGAGACUUUCUGUAGCAGCGGGUUGUAUUUAUUUCUUCCGGAGCUACAUUACCAGAGAGCUUGUGUGUUCUCAGCAGCUUGUUGUUUGCUCACCUAGUUGAGCUAAUAUUUGAAAGCUGCUACUAAAAGAUACUGAUAUCUCUGAAGCAUUUUUUUUUUUGUAGUUCAUUGUAACUAAACAAACCCCCUAAGACGUCCUGUGUUUCUUCAAAGGAAGAGUUGUCCACACGCAGGUGUCUUGUUCUUGCAAGUUGUGAAGUGGCAGCUGCUGGUUGGAAGCUGCUGAAGCUGUUACAGGCUUCGGUCAGCAGGAGCCUUUCAGCUGGGUUUAGGCAGUCUUUCAGCCUGAGGUGGAAGAGUCGUUUCAGCAGAUAGUGAACAUUUUCGGGUAGCAGUGCUCUUAAUACAUAAUUACCUGCCUUAAUUGGCAUUGCUUUCUAUUUAUUUUCUGUAUUUUUAUUUGAUAAACUGAAGUGCAGUACUGCUUGCAGAGGCUGUGCCAUUGCACCUGCAGGUCAGAACUGAGCGGUGGUCAGAUGGGUCCGGAGUGUGCAGUUAACAGAGUUAUAAACCUGUACAUUCAGGGGGAGCACGGAUAAACUGGGCAGUGUGCUUAAAAUCUUCCUCCCUUCCAUUGUCUGGUAUGUCUGAGGCUUUGUUUGUUUGAUCCUUCCCUACAGUCACUGUAAGGGCUGUGUCACUGCAGUUGUGGGGAGCGCCCAGUUCCUGCUGGGACCAAUGGUGCCGUCCUGGUCUUCCCUCCCCUUUUAAGUGCUCUCCAUAUGUUUAAAAAAAAUAAAUGAGAUGCUUCAGCUCUCAAAGAUGCUUGUAUGGUCCCAGCAGCGAUCUUGCUGUUCGCAAGCGCUCAGCUGUGGAAUUUGCCUUCAGAACCAAUCCCACUGAAGCUUUCUGCUUUGGCAUAAAGUAAAAUGAAAGCAUUCAACACAACAAUUUUCUCCUUGUAUGCUAAAAAAUUUUACAUCCUCAGCGCGUCUUCUGUAGGGCAGGGUAGCCCUGGAAAUGGCCUCUACUCCAUGCAAUGCCAAGGAAACAGGUGCGUUUGGUGCCUGCUUCCUUGGCCAAUCUACUGUGUCAGAGCGAUGUGUUUUAAAAUUAUAUUUUCUGGCCUAAUAUUAUUUUUAACACCCAGUAAGUUUGUUUGUUCUUGAGCUUUGUUUUUUGUGUACAAGAAAUUUGCGCCUUUGCCUUGUGCUGCGGACCAAGACAUGGGCUGAGAACAGGGGUUUUAUCCAAAAUGCUCAAAUCCUGAGGCUCGUCUCUGUGCAGCCGCCCUGAAUGCGGGCUGUGACACCAAGAAGGGGAUAAUGGUGAGCAGCCUUUGCUUGCUGCCCUGUUCUUUUUGGCCCGUCCUUGGGUAGCGGUGCAAAGGUUGACCUUUAUUCUUACGUGGUGAGGUGUAUUUAAUAUUGUAUGCGUUUUAAUUUAUUGCAGUUUGUAAAUAUUCUUGUGCUUGUAGUUAGUGUUUUGAGCUUUAAUUUAUUGAAUUAGCCUUUUGGUACACGUGCAGAUAAACCAAUAUGCGUGCUGAGUGAAGCGCAGUUCCGAGGAGCCAGUUCAAGCAAUGGUAGCAUUAAAAACAAAGGUCGGCCAAGCUGUAUUCAGGCUAAGAGCAACACAGGAAGACUUACGUCGUCGACUUUUCUCCUUCCCUUAAUACAACUCGUGUGUUGAAACUGUACGGCAGGUAUUAGAGGUGGAAGCUGAUGCUGCAGUAGCACGGUGGAAAUCCAUUGGUGGUGCUUUCUGUUGGAAUGCUUUGCCCUCCCCAAAUACUGCUCCCGUGUGGAGUCACCGCUGGGGGUCACCGUAUGAAUGAUGUGAUGCGACGAGAGGCUUCCCAGUCAACAUCUACACCGGAUGGAAACUUCUCUCCGUUGGUCAGGAGGCUGAAGGAAAGGCCGGAUGCUUGGAAAAUUUGGAAGUACACAAUGUCUGUCAUUGUCACAGUCUAUUUCUUUGCGCACUUCAGGUCGACGGUGUUUAGGUGCAAAUACUGCAAGGACUCGCAUUUGUACAAGAAAAUCACUUUUGGCUAAAAUACAGCCUUAUCACUUCACCCAAGAAGGCCAAGUGCGAAGUGGAGAUCCCACGAGAGGUGCCACAACCGCUCUGUUUCAGCAUCUGACACUUCCCCAAAAUGCUAGGACUGUUGAGUGUUAAAACAAUUGAGAAAGUUCACGUAAAAUUAAUUACAUUACAAGCCUGUUGCCUUCAUCUUUUAAAAAAGCCUUGUCGGGGUGAAGCCGGUCGUGGGGCUGCUGCUUGUGCUGCAUACCCACUCUGCAAGGACUGUCGGCGGAGCGCACCCACCCCGCGUUGUGUCUGGAGGACGUCCACGCCGUGCUGCAUUGCACAAGAAGCUUUGGUGCCCCUUCAGUGAGGCGUCUGAUUCAGGAACGGGUAAACACACUACAAAACUGAAUUGAGGGGGUGUUCUAUUUAUUUCUAGCAGUCUAGUUCAGUUAUAUCACCGUGUUCCAUUUUCUGUUAUUUUGUUUAAAUGUCAUUGUGUGAAAUUUCUGUAUGGGUAUGAAAAAACAGGGAAGACUUUGGGCACAUUUUUUUCCAGUGAAACAAGGGGAAAAAAACAGUUCCUCAUUGCAGAAAGCAUCAGCAAGAAUAAUUUUCAGAAAACCAUGCUCUUACAGGAGAGAGAGUGGUGUAUCUUUAUUUUUUGGGUUACUUAGUUUAAAGUUUGAGCAAGCAAAAGAUUAAAAAAAAUAAUAAUAAUUCAACCAAUCCCCAAGUGUGGGCUUAAGGUUUUUUUUUUUUUUUUUUUUUUUUAAACAAUAGACUGAACUUGCUGAAAAGGAAAAAUUGUUGCUUUCAACUAAUGUGUACGUGCUUGUAUUUACCACAGCCACACUCAACAUUUGAAUGCAUCGCUGUCAGACCCUAUUGUAUGUGUAGAAGUUGUGGGUUACAUUCAGGCGUUCUCUCCCCUUUUAGUAGAUGUUGCUUUAAGUUAACAGCCUGACUUUCAAGGGGCAGGUUUUCCUUUUUUUUUUUUUUUUUCUUUUGUGUUAAAUUGAGGCAGUCAGUGUGAAGAUUACGUAACACCUAAAGUGUUAAUGUAAAGCAGAGUCUUACUUUGUUGUCUGACUGUGUGGAGUUGGAAUUGCUCUUCAAUAGAGAGUUUAAUAGUGAAGUUCAUUAACUACGCAAUUUUGCCACACACUUCUGGUGACUUGUGUGUCCCUUGUGGCUAACCAGGGCACGUCCUGCUGCGUCCAGUAACCAUUCACGUGCAGCUGCCCACUCACAUUGCACAGCGCAGUUACCUUUUAUGAGAAUUUUCUUGUGUACUGCAUUUGUGUUUUGAUUUUCAGUUUUUCUGAGAAAAUUAACUAUGAUGUCUAAGAGCUUUAAAUAAAGAUGUGUUUAUAUGCUC